GGGUGGGCAAAGCGGCUUCAGGAACCAGAAGAACCCAGCGCGGGGGGCGGGGGGAGUCAGCAAAACUUAAGACUUUUGUGGAACCAAAACUCAGCUGCUGGCGCAACCAGAGAGGGCUGCUCUGUGCCCCAGAUGGCUUGUGCCAAAGCCAGGCCUGCAGCUGGCACUGAGCUGAACACCACCGCUCAGCUUCCCUUCUGCCUGCACGCCCCUCGUCAAGCUGGGGUGACUGCUUACGCCUGAUUUGGGGUCACGGAGUUUCAUAGGCAAAUGGCCCUCUUCUUGGAAAGGAAACUCUGGGGGAGUUUCUGUAUUCACACCACCAAAGCUCUUCCUGCAGAACGGUCUCAGGCGUCUAAGCAGCCUGGAUGCUCCAGAUGUGGUUUGGGGGACGAGAGAGAGAGACACGCUUCCAGCAAUACAGCUGUCUGAGUCUGACCAAGGUGAGAACAGCAUCAGUCAGUGACAAGUUUCUUUUGAUCAGCACGGGAAACCGCAGCUGGCGUUCUGCCCCAGCUCUCUUUUCAGAAGAGGAACCGCUUUUUGAAAGAAGGAGCUCUUCUCCAAGGCAAGACCAAGGUGGCACGCUCUGAGUGCCACUGGGACCGAGGAAGGAAGAGGGCUGAGCAACCCCAGUUCCUAAACCCGGCUCCUACACAAAGCAGCAGCAGCGUUUCCUGGUCGCUUCUCCACCCGAUGGCCCCCGUUGCAAAGAUCUGGCCUUGCGUUUCUCUCCUUGGCCUCAUCCUGUUCUGGAAUGUGCUGUUCUUCUUCAGGCUGUCUGAUAAGCCCAAGGAGUCUCCAAGGCACAACACCACCUUGACCAUCCUGAUCUGGAGCUGGCCCUUCGGGGCAGUCACAGACCUCACCGGCGACGUCUGCUCCAGGCUCUACUGCAUCACAGGCUGCCAAGUGACCACGGACCGCAGCCUGUUCGGCCAAGCAGACGUGGUGGUCUUCCACCACCAGGAACUCCAGUAUGGAAGACACCGCCUUCCACCGUCAAAGGCCCACCCUGGGCAAAAGUGGGUUUGGGUCUCCCUGGAGUCUCCAAGCCACACCAAAGCCCUGGAGGGCUGGGUGGGGAAUGAAUGGAACUGGGUCCUGUCCUACAGGCGGGAUGCGGAUCUCUUCGUCCCCUACGGGGAGCUGGUGCCUCACUCACUGGACGUGGUGGACAUCCCAGAGAAAACCGGCUUAGUGUCCUGGGUGGUCAGCAACUACCAUCACACCCAAGCGAGAGCAGCCGUGUACCGCAACCUGUCCAGGCACGUCAGAAUCGACGUGUUUGGGGAGGCAAGCAAGAGGCCCCUUUGCCCGGACUGUCUGCUGCCAACUAUCGCCAAAUACAAGUUCUACCUCGCCUUCGAGAACUCCAUCCACCGGGACUACAUCACGGAGAAGCUCUGGAGGAACGCUUUCCUCGGUGGCUCCGUGCCCAUCGUCCUGGGCCCCUCCCGCACCAACUACCAGCAGUUCAUCCCUGCCGACUCCUUUAUCCACGUGGACGAUUUCAAGUCAGCCAAGGAACUUGCCACUUUCUUGACCACCAUGAACGAAAGCCACUACCGAAGCUUCUUUGCCUGGAAGCGGAGCCACGCGGUCAGGCUCCACGAGGACUGGCGGGAACGGUUCUGUACCAUCUGCCGGCAGUACCCCCACUUGCCCCAGAAGAAAGUCUACCUGGACUUGAAGCGGUGGUUCUGGGAUGGCUAGCCUCUGCAGCUGAAGCCAGAAACACCCCGGUGAAGCGCAGACCAUCCCGCGGCUCUUCUCCUGGUCCAGAGGUGCCCCCUGGCUCUUUAGAAGACCCCUGCCUCCCAGGGUAAGGUCCCCGCGUUCGCCUCGAUGCUCACCUACGAGGCCUUCCCUUUUUCCAAUUAUCCCCCCUUCUUACUCUGGGGUUCAAUACUUUUGUUCUCCAACCUGACUGACCGACUUUCCUUUGCUCAGGUGCCCCCAACGCAGUGAAGUUCCUCAAACUUUGCUAAGGCCGAAAGAGCUCAGAUCCUGCCCCUCUGCCCCAAUUUCACCACCCUGGGAUGAUGGGAUGUGUAAUUGAGCCCGGGGCGUGGCGGGGAGCGAGCCAUCCCAAGAGGCAGAGAAAGGCGCGAAGCUCCGGAGAUAGCAUCUGGCGGCAGAUGGGCCCGGCCUUCACUUUCCUGUUUACCCCCGUGAGACUGGCAGGAGAGGAAGCGAGAAAGCUCAGCGCCC